AUGACCAUUCGGUCUCGAAUGGGUCAUUCCGGACCCGAUUUUGUUUUCGGUGCAUUUAUGGUAUUCCGGACACCACCAAAAGUAAAGUCUUUAGAUAGCAGGAAUGAGAUGCAUUGCUUAUAUAUUUGGUUGAUAGAGACAUUUCCCACCAGUAGUAUAGUUAGUUCCCCUAUACCGGUUGUUAUCCCUGGGGUAGUUGCAUACCCCAAGAUGAGGCGCCUGCACGCUGCUGAGUACGAAUGUAUUCUUAAUGUUACUAAGUGGGACAAUAACAUUGAGGAAGCCUACAUUAGGGAUAAUAAUAUUGAUGAUAACGAGGAUGGAAGUCCAUGUGAUAAAUUUGAAAAUAAUGUAGAAGUUAACAUGAACGAUUUCAAUGCUAACAUUGAUGUGCAUGCAGAGUGGGUUGGAUGGAAGAAGAAGAACCUGGUACAAGAAGAAAAUUAUGUAGGGGAGCUUAAUGAAGUUAUAAAUAACGACGUUCUCUUGUCAGGAUCAUCUUCAGAUGAAGGUAUGGCUGCUCAAUGA